AGUGGCCCGCAAGUCGCCGCGUCGCGCGCUCUCUUCUUCGAGCUGCUCUAUCCCAAACACUUCGCACCCGAUUAAUUUCCGAACGCACUUACGAUUUUCGCUACAUAAAAACAUUAACAACUUAUUAAUAUUGCGAAAAAUUAAAAUCGUUAAAACAAUAAUUUAUGAAAUCGUACUUGUAGUCAAGGAAUCAAAUUACAUAUUAUCAAACACGUGUUUAUAUAUAGUAAGCGCGAACACACUGUAUCGUCCGAUCCACGUUUUUCACGACGAGUGAAUAAAUUAGCGGCCGGAGAGUCUCGCGUGAAAUUUCACUUUUUGCCGGCGAAAACCAUCUCAACAUGUCUACGUCAGUUGCAAGAUAUGAACGAAAAUGGACCUUUAAUACGAGUACAUUACAAUGAGAUUGCAACAAGGGCGUGGAAGAACAAUAUACUCUCUAUCGAUAUCUAACUACAAACAUAAAAUUUCAUAACGGGGUAGAACGAUUCAGUGAAAUUCAAUUUGCACAUCAGUAGCAUGCCAAAACCGUAGCGUAAAUAAACAAAGGACUCGGUAGUGUAAGAUGUGUGCUACUGAUUAUCGGGUGCUUAGGAAAAUGGAUGUGCGGUAUUCCAUAUUUAAACUGUUACUUUUUCUAAUGUUGUUGGUUCGGUGUGGCGGGAAACAUAUAACAACAAACAGAAUGCCCAGAGUGAAUUACUUGAACGAAGACUUAGAAGAUGAAGUCCAGGACAGCAUAAGAAACACAAUUCAUACGGGCAUAUAUUCACACAAGCACCUGGAUACGUCGAAAGUACAAGUGACAGUUCCAGUCAAAGUGACACGAGAUGGCGAGCUCGUGUCACGCACAGUGGAACACGCACACGAGCACGGACACGCGCGGGCACGCCGUGACCUUCACCAACGGGAACACCGCCUGCCGCACUCACUACAUUACAACCUCACCGUCGAUGGCCGCGAACUGAGGCUGGACCUUAGGCCGUCGGUAACAUUCAUAACACCAGCGAUGAUAGUGGAGCGUCAUGGCGCGAGUGGACGCACGCGACAGAGGCCACAAGCUUCUUCAACCUCAUGCCAUUACACGGGUUCCGUCCGAGGUCAACCGGCAUCCAGUAUUGCUAUUUCCGCUUGUGAUGGAUUGGCGGGCCUUUUACGGACAGAGCACGGAGAAUACUGGAUCGAGCCUUCCAAUCAAGUUCCCACCGAUAAUUCUGCGGGGCGACCACACGUAAUAUUUAAGCGUUCCGCUGUAGAUAAAGUUAAGGCAUUUCAUCGAGCAAAGAGAGAGAUUGAUAGCAGAAGGAAUGUAAAUGUUUCUUACUAUAAUAAAAAAGAAAGCACUAUCAACAACAAACGAUACUCAAACUUGAAUAGAAAUCGCAGUAGCAAAGAGGCUAGGGAUCAACGCAGACGAGAAUAUUUAGAAGAAAGACGAAAACGACUUGAAGCAAUGCGCCUUAACCCGACUGAAUACAGAAGGCAUCAGGCAAGGUUACGAAUGGAGCAAAGACGAUUACAAUCGACUUCAAGGAGUAACUCGGUAGAAGCCAGUAACUCUUAUGAAUCCAGUUCAAAAAGUAAAAGUAGAGAAAAGGUGAUAGAAGGACUGAGAUUACGACGCAUUAGAAAUAGACGAAGAAGGCGUAAAAGAUCAAAGAACUGCGCUACAAAGCAACCUCCAUAUCAAUGGAAAACCAAGAAUUUUCAAGCACAUAACGAAAAACCUUUAAGUAAUUACAGAAAUAAUAAGAGCAGCCGUCGAAACAUGAAUUAUCAGCACAUACAUGACAGAAGCAUGAACAGCAUGAGACGGUCCACACGUUCAGUUAGCAGGCCACGUCACGUUGAAGUGCUGCUGGUUGCUGACAAAUCUAUGACCGACUUUCACGACCAGGGCAGCCUAGAAACGUAUCUCCUUACUAUUAUGAAUAUGGUUUCAUCGCUGUAUAUGGACCCCUCUAUCGGCAAUUAUAUCAAAGUCGUUGUAGUUAAGAUCAUACUAGUUGAGGAAAUGCACGCGGCACCAGAAUUAGAAGUAUCAACAAAUGCUGAUGCCACUCUUGUGUCUUUUUGUCGAUGGCAACAACAACUUAAUCCAGAUAAUGACGAUAAUCCUCAUCACCAUGACGUCGCCAUCUUAGUCACUAGGCAAGAUAUCUGCAGCCAACAUGACACCCCUUGUAGUACACUGGGCGUGGCGCAUGUGGCAGGCAUGUGCAAACCCGAUCGCAGCUGCUCAGUCAAUGAGGACAAUGGCAUCAUGCUCGCGCAUACCAUCACACACGAGCUUGGACACAACUUCGGUCUGUAUCAUGAUACGGAAAAAAUCGGCUGUCAUCGACGUGAGGGUUCAACAUUGCACAUAAUGACUCCAAUUUUCGAGGCUGACACAGUCCAGGUUGCUUGGUCACGAUGCAGCAAGCGUGACGUUACCAAUUUUCUUGACGCCGGUUUAGGCGAAUGUCUCAGCGAUAGACCUUCGCAACAAGAGUAUGUGUAUCCAGAAGUUCCAGCCGGUGUAACCUUCGAUGCGGCCACACAAUGUCAUCUGCAAUUCGGAGCUGAAGCUGUGGUGUGUGCUAAGCCGACGGAGCUGUGCGAACACCUUUGGUGCCUCGUGAAUAAUACUUGCAAAACUAUGCUACGACCGGCUGCGCCAGGCACAACCUGUGGUGUAAACAUGUGGUGCCAGAACCAGACAUGCGUGCCGCGCAGUCCGUCCCCGGAGCCGAGAGACGGCGGCUGGGGCGAGUGGAGCGAGUGGAGCGAGUGCUCGCGCACGUGCGGCGCCGGCGUCUCCACGCAGUCGCGCGAGUGCAACAAGCCCGAGCCGCUCAACAACGGCGCCUACUGCAUCGGCGACAGGAGUCGGUACAAAGUUUGCAACACAGAUCCGUGCCCUAUCAACGAGCCAACGUUCCGAGAGGUGCAGUGUUCUAAGUACAACAACAUGACCUACAACAAUGAUACCAUCACGGAGUGGAUACCUUACUUUGAUCAAGAUAAACCAUGUGAACUACAAUGCAUUCCUCGGAACCGAAACGAUGUGGAGAUGCUAGGUGGAUUUGUGGCUGACGGGACGCCGUGCAAGCAAAACCUGGGCGCCAGAGACAUGUGCAUAUCAGGUGUGUGCUAUAAGGUUGGUUGUGACUGGAUAGUGGAUUCUGAUUUGGAGGAAGACGCGUGCGGCGUAUGCGGCGGCAACGGAUCCGCGUGUAAGACUGUGCUCGGCAUCUACAAUAAAGAUACCACAAGGCAGUCUGGCUUUAGUGAGGUUGCAGUAAUUCCGGCCGGUUCGAGAAACGUUAAGAUUCAAGAGAAAGUCAGCCCCGGAAACUACAUUUCCAUACGGAGCGCUAAAUCAAGAAGAAUGUAUCUUACAGGAGCUCGAAACGCCACUGUGUCGGAGUACUUCGUGGCAGGAGCACCAGCGAUCUACGAGAGAGAUCGUGACUGGGAGAAAGUACGAAUUAGUGGACCUCUAGCCGAAGAUAUAAAAGUUUUUCAACGGAUCUUUGGUGGCAAGCAUCGCAACCCUGGCGUGACAUACCAAUACACGGUAGACCGGCAACAUUUGCGGCGACGAUUCUCCUACCGAAUGUCGGAAUGGUCGGCCUGCUCAGUGACCUGCGGAGACGGCUACAUGCGCCGCUACUACGAAUGCGUCGACGAACACAACCGCGUGGUGGAGCAGUCGCAAUGCUACCAGAUCGAGGCGCCGCGGCACGAGGCGCUGAUGCAGCAGUGCGGCGGCGCGCCGUGCGAGCCCGCGCCCGCGCCCGCACCCACGCACUGGUGGGUCGGCGCCUGGAACCCCUGCUCCACGCCGUGCCACAUGCCCGGCGAAGAAGCAACGAAACAACGCAGUGUUUAUUGUGUAAACAAAUUAACGAAUAAUGUUAUACAAGAUUCCGAAUGCGACAUGGCCAUAAAGCCUAUAAGCAUUAUUAAAUGUGCCGACGUUCCGGCGUGUUAAAACGAAUGAAGUAAAACAAUAUAAUGGAAAAUAAAAUUCAUCGGGAAGAUGAUCUAACUUCAUACGUAUUUAUGAGAACGAAAGAAUUUUCAAAAGUUCAAAUAAAUGAAAAUACAAUUGAAGUAAAUGUAACUGGAGAAGGUUACAAAAAUCGAUUGAAGAUAAAGCACAUUUGAUGUUGCUAACAAUAGACUAUCAGCAAUUACGAAGAACGAGAAUAAAGAAGAGGGAAGUGUUGAACGAAUAUCAAAAUUGAACAUUAUAUGUAAAGUGCAACGUUUGGACAUUUUAAGUGUGAACAAUGUAUUCGUGUGAGUGAUUUGGAAGCCGCCGACUUGUGUAUUUUUAUCUUGCAAUGAUAAUGUACGUAUUACCCAUCGAGUACUUAGACAUAUUCACUUACGCGUAAGUCCUCGAAUAAGACCCAGUGGUGACGUGCGAAUCUCGCAGGUACAUGAGAUAAAUGCUCUGCAAUUACCACUUACUGCCAUAUUAUAUAAGUGACUCUUAGUUUUAACAUAGUAUCCGAUUAGUUUUAAAAAAUAUUAAUAUUUUAAAAUUUGUAACUUCAGUAUUAAUAUGAUGUAUGUAUUCUUUUGAACUAUAUAAAAUAACGGGACGUGAGUCUUAGUAGAUACUAUUAAAAAAUUUGGACCAAAAAUAUAUUUAAUUCAAAUUCACGUUGCCAUAAUCACGAUUACUGCCAAUAUGACACUUGUAUUAUAAGUACAUUAUAAGCCUACCUUUAGAUAAUACUAAUAAAUUCUGCAGAAUUCAUAUUUUUAUACAAAUGAAUUGCUGUAGAUCACAAUAAAUGUCGUAAUUAUGUAAUAAGAUGUUUAUUGUGGCUGCGUAUAGGAAUAAGCAACUAGUCAGUGUUGAGCACCUGUUUUUCCGUUGACGUAGAUCGUCGCUUACAGUUGUUGGUGAAUACCGUUCAAACUAUAUACAUUUAUGUGGUAAAUUCAUAAUUUUAACAUUCUUAAUAUAUUUCAAUGUGUCGUCGUAAAACGUUUGCUUAUAAUAAAAAUUUACCUAAUACUUGAUUUUCGUUAAGACUAAUUUAUAUUGUAUAAAAAUAUUGAAUUUGUGAACGAACGCCUAAUGUAGAAAUACACGGAUAUUUAUUUAUAAUAUUAUUGUCUGUGUCCUCAUUACUUUUAACUGACAAAGCAUAAUUAUAGUACUAUUUUUAUUUAUCUGAUACCUAACUGAAAGUUUUAGGUACAAAUUGUAAAAAUAAUUCCUGAUGUUUCAGUUCUAAGAUACAUCGGUGAAUGUUUGUCGAUCGAUUGAUACACAAUUUUAAUUUCAGGAUCAAUCUAAAACUAACCUUUAGUUACGAUGUUAUAUUUCUUAAUUUUACUACCUUACAGUACAUUUAUCACUGUGACUUAUUAAUUACAAUUGUGUAUUUAAUUAAUGAUCGGAAUAAAAUCAUGCAUUUGUUUG